CAUAUUUGGUGUCGCCUUCCUGGGACACCUCCACGCUUCAUGAUGCUGUGCAUGUCGCGCAUGCUACGGCGGGGCUCGGCCUUCGCCGCGCGGCUUGCACGGCGGGAUCGGGCACUCAGUUUGGCGGGUCUUUCGUGCCGGCACUACAGCACCGAGACGGCUCCUCACAUCCCGGGAAUGGAGUACCAGGAUGCCAUUUGCACUCUGAACACGCUGCAGACAAAUGCCAGCGCCUUGGAGCAGGUACGACGAGAGCGCAGCAACCCUCAGCUGCAGCUGAACGCCAUGAGAGGCUUCCUGGAGCGAGCCGGCCUCACGGUGGACAAACUCGACCAUCUCAAUAUCAUUCACGUGACUGGAACAAAGGGCAAGGGCUCGACAUGUGCGUUCACUGAGCAGAUUUUAAGAAAUUAUGGCUUCCGCACAGGAUUUUACAGCUCUCCACAUCUGGUGCAGGUCAGGGAGAGGAUUCGGAUCAACGGACAGCCAAUCGGGAAAGACCUCUUCACUAAAUAUUUCUGGCAGGUUUACGGACGACUCGAUGAAACAAAGGAUGCCCACGGAGGGACGAUGCCGGCAUAUUUCCGCUUCCUCACCAUCUUGGCCUUCCAUGUCUUCCUCCAAGAGAAGGUGGAUUUAGCUGUGAUUGAAGUUGGUAUAGGCGGCGCGUACGACUGCACCAACAUCAUAAGGAGGCCGUGGGUGUGUGGCAUCUCCUCUCUGGGCAUAGAUCACACUCAGAUUCUCGGAGACACCGUCGAGAAGAUCGCCUGGCAGAAAGGAGGCAUCUUCAAGCCUGGAGUCCCCGCCUUCACCGUCAGACAGCCAGGGGGCGCCAUGCCCGUGCUCAAGGAGCGGGCCAAAGAGAUCGGAUGCCCACUGUGGGUGUGUCCACAGCUGGAGGACUACCAAGUGGACUGUGGACCUUUGCACCUGGGCCUUGCAGGGCAGCACCAGCGCUCCAACGCCUCCCUCGCCCUCCAGCUGAGUCACACCUGGCUUCAGAGGAGGUGCCUACCAGAUCACAGCUUUCCCGUCACCACUGUUGAAAACAACGGUACACUUCAGGCGCCUGCAUUCAGUCCCAGCCCCAUCAUAGUUAAAGGGCUGGCAGAUGCUAAGUGGCCCGGCAGGACCCAGACCCUGAAGCAUGAAGAGGUGACUUACUUCCUGGAUGGAGCUCACACCAUGCGCAGCAUGCAGGCCUGCGUUCGGUGGUUCCGAGAGACUGCAGCUGAGCACGAGAGGAGCGCCAGUGGAGCUGUGGCCAGAGUGCUGCUGUUCAACGCGACAGGAGAGAGAGACUCGGCUGCCAUGCUGAAACUGCUGGUGACGUGUCACUUUGACUUUGCUGUCUUUUGCCCAAACAUCACUGAAGCCAUUGCUUCCUGUAACGCAGACCAGCAGAACUUCAACGUGUCAGUGGAGAACAUGCUGACUCGCUGCUUGGACAACGAGAGGAGCUGGCGCCUUCAUAACCGGCUGGGUGAUAACGAAGGCACCCAGCUGCUGAUCCAGGAAAGUCUUCCUCGUUUACCUGAGCACAGAGGGGACACCUUGGUGUUCCCGUGCAUCCUCAGCGCCCUCCAGUGGAUCACGCAAGGCAGGGACUCUGUGCUGGCCGACCCGGCCAAGUCGAGAUUGCCGGUUAAACAGAGUGUCACGGCCAAAGCCGCUCCCCUCCGUGAGGCCGCGGAGAUCCACGUCCUCAUCACCGGAAGCCUCCACCUGGUGGGAGGAGCUCUCAAACACCUGGACCCAGCUUCCUCUAAGUGACCAUUUGCACAUGUUUACACUACUGUGGGAAACUUACCAGGACAGAAGAAGGUUUUUCAUGCUUUUAACAUUUCAGACUUGGGGAUUUGUUUCUCUGAGAGCUAAUUAUGAGGACUGAGGCAGCUCCAGCUUCACCCUGAGCCUUACAGCGCAGACGCUCCAGAGUGUCUUCAGUCUUACUUGAAGCCAGAUGUGUUUACAUGAGCUGUAGAUGCUACAAAGAGCUGAGCUGGUCAAACGGAAUGAUUUAAACUGCAUUAAUUGUUUCUGACCCUGUUGGGAACGUUUAAUUAUCACAUUUCAGAGAUCUUUAAAAAUUGAGAAAUAUUUGCACAUUUUCCUUUAUUGUGUCACUUUGGUUGCACAGUGUGCUUCGUACAUGUGGCCUCCUCUUUUUAAAUGUAUAAAUCUGGUGGAUUCACGAGUUUAAAAUCAGUGUUGCGUUUCUACGUCUUAUUUAAAUGGGCCUUAAUUUAACUUCAUGGUCAGACUGUGACACAUGCAGUCGGUGUAUUUAAAGCUAAAAGGUUAAGCCCUUCAGCCAUAUCCGUUCAGACUCUGACUUUUAUGAGCACAAAAUGAACAUCGCUGUUUUAAGUUUCACCAGAAAUUCACUUCUGUGGAAGCUCUACGAUGGAAUCCGCUCGCAUCUUUAAAAACUGAGCCGGUUAGUUUAUGCAGACGUUGUGCCAACCAUGGUUUAAAACUUUGGUGUCCUUCUUGGUCCUGCUGAUGGGAAAUGUUUUACAGACACAGUCCACGUCUCCGCAGUGUGAUCCACAAUAAAAACGGUUACAAAACAACA